AUGGUAUUUACUCACUCAGCCAUACUGGAUGGAUCUCACAUCUUCCACAACAAUUUGACCAACAAGUACCUCUUAUUGAGCAACAAUGGUAAUACUGUGGAAAUCUCCGAUAAUUUCCCAUCGGGAUUUACCCAAGAAAGCAAGCCUGAGGUCAUUUCAUGUAUUAUUGGUAUCAUUAGGUUGAAAAUCAGCUCAUAUGUUAUCCUCGGCACAUCACACACUGUUACUGGUUCUGUUUUGGGCAAUAACAUUGCAUCUAUUGAUAAGUACAAGAUCUACUCACUUGCAAGCACUCAACUGUCAAGUCCAAAUAUUAACAGUGAAGAGAAGAAGUAUUUGGAUCUUUUGAACAAACAAUUACAUAAUGCAACGUUGUUUUUCUCGAUAAAUAAUCAAUAUGAUUUAACCAACUCGUUGCAAAAACAAUUCACUGUCCAAAAUCUGAAAAUCGACGAUAGGUUUUGGUGGAACAAAUACUUGUGUGAGCCAUUACUUGAGUUUGAUAGCAAAUUUGAAUUUAUUACACCCAUAAUUUAUGGGUACUUUAAAUCACACUCAACGAUUUUCAAUGGAAGGUCAUUGGAGUUUGCUCUUUUAACCCGUCGGUCAACAUCAAGAGCAGGUACUAGAUACUUCCGCCGUGGUAUCGAUAUUGAUGGAAACGUUGCAAAUUUCAACGAAACUGAACAAAUUUUCAGUACUGACAGUAAUCGCGUCUCAUCUAUUUUACAAAUUAGAGGCUCGGUUCCUGUUUUUUGGGCCGAGGUUAAUGAUUUGAAGUACAAGCCAGAUUUGCAAAUUAGCUCCCAGUCUUCAAGAGAUGCUACUGUAAAACACUUUACUCAACAAGUUGCACUUUAUGGGGAUAUUUAUCUUGUCAAUUUGGUUAACCAGAAGGGUUACGAGGAACCGGUGAAGGAUGCAUAUGAAAAUGCUGUUCAAAGUUUACCUCGGCAAUUAAAAGAACACGUUCAUUAUAUUUACUUUGACUUUCAUCACGAAUGUAAAGGUAUGAAGUUUAACAGGAUUAGUCUUUUGGUUGAUCACUUGAUUAAAUUGGGAUAUACUUCAGACGAUUAUUUUGAAAUCGACCUCAACACCAGGCAAGUUGUCAGUUUGCAAAAAAACAUUAUUAGAACAAAUUGUAUGGAUUGUUUGGAUAGAACUAAUGUUGUUCAAGGUUUUGUUGGCCGUUGGUUUUUACAAAACCAGUUAUUGCAUGAAGGAUACUUGACCAAUCUUGAAGUGCCAUUUGCCAAAAUCGAUCCGCAAUUCAAUUUAUUCUUUCAAAAUUUUUGGGCUGACAAUGCCGACGCAGUAAGUUGUGCCUACUCGGGAACCGGCGCUUUGAAGACCGAUUUUACAAGGUUGGGCAAGAGAACAUACAAGGGAAAUUUCGAUGAUUUGUGUAAUUCCUUGACUCGUUACUAUAAGAACAAUUUAUCGGAUGGUAGCAGGCAAGAUUCCUAUGAUUUGUUUCUUGGUAAGUAUAAACCGUAUCAAGAUUCAAUCACUUCCCCGUUCGUUGAUAAAAGGCCUCCUUACUUGCAAUUGUUGCCUUACUUGAUGGUUACUUCUUUUGCUAUCCUUUUGGUUCUAUUCUACUACCCCAAGGGUUCCCUUUUGAGUUUGAAAAACUUAACCUUGAUUACAUUAGUUGUCCUGUUUAACUUGAGAAACCUUCAGUAUAUUUUCAAGAACGGAUACCAAUUUGUUGAUUGGCCUAAAUUGGUUCCCUUGGACUACUUGAAAAAGGAAGAUGUAUAUGAUGGCAACGGGAAAGUCAUUGGUGUUAAAUACGAAAAGAUUGAUCAAUUCAAGGGAAUUAGCAAGAAAAAGAAUUAG